AUGUUUGCGUUUGGCACAAAAUCAUCACAGACGUUUCGUGUGAGACAGCCAGAAGCUGGCACGAAGCAGUAUCAGCUUCGUCAAUAUGCAGAAGCAACUUUAGGUUCGGGUUCGUUGAUGGAAGCCGUUAAAUUACCCAAAGGUGAAGAUGUAAACGAAUGGAUUGCUAUGAAUGCCAUGGAUUUCUACACUCAAAUCAAUAUGCUGUAUGGAACAAUUACAGAAUUCUGCCAGGAAGCCACUUGCCCUCGAAUGACUGCAGGCGGAAACGUUGAAUACUACUGGCAAGAUGAGACGAACUAUCCUAAACCUACUCAGAUGAGUGCUCCAGACUACAUCAAUACGCUACUUGACUGGACGCAACACAAGCUUGACGACAGAAAACUUUUCCCUACAGAAAUUGGUCUCGAAUUUCCCAAGCACUUUAAAAAGGUAGUUCGACAGAUAUUUCGUCGAUUAUUCCGAAUUUACGCCCACAUUUACUGUUCUCAUUUCCAUGUAAUGGUAGCCAUGGAGUUAGAAGCCUACCUGAAUACCUCUUUCAAACAUUUUGUCUUCUUCUGCAAGGAAUACGACUUGAUUGACGAUAAAGAGUAUUCUCCCAUGAAAGAACUCAUUGAGAGUAUGAUGAGUUCUGGCUAA